UCAAUUUAGCAAUGUGGUUGCCGCUGAAAAUAUUAUUUUGCAAGUACGCACUGUGUUACUUCAGCGUUGUUCAAACAAUAUCCGCUCAAACAUCCUUCAUAGACAUCCGAGACCAAAAGUUUGAAGGUGAAGAUAAGCAAAUUGUUAAAAAUCUCGCUGAAAGGAAAAAUAAGAGCGGGCUAUUAGUACCACAAUUACCACUAAGGAAUCUCACCAUUCGAAUACCACACGAGGAAAAGACUGCACUGAGAAACAAAGAAGCUGAAAGGGAUCCGACUGAGAAACAUUUAAAUAUGAAGACAAUAAAUGUAAUGCAGCAGAUCAUUUAUGGCACGCAGUAUCGGUUGAAGGACUUCGAAAGUCUUCUCAAUAAAUACUCCCAAGAUUUAAGAUUCCUUUUGUCAUUUGUAUUCAAUAGGCUAAAUACGCUGCAAUUUGAAAUGGAAGUAAUAUUAACGGUGACCUAUAAGUAUAGGGACAAGCUGAAGGUGUUCCAGCACUUGGUCUACCACGAACAUCUACUUCAGAAGUACGUGGACAUCAUCUACGUAGUCGAAUAUCUUAUAACCUUGCAUACUGAUUAUAUGAAGGAAAGACAGGGGCAGCAGCAAAUUUAG